UGAAUCUACUGCAGUUCAUCUCUUGCAGUGAAGCUUGUGGAUCUCCCAGCCCCCAGCAGUAACCGACCACGAUGUCCUACUCCAGCUCUCGCUCAGUCAGUUCCGGGGGCCACUUCAAGGUACCCCAAGCAGGGUCUGUACACACUGUCAUCAAGCGUCGGGCUCCUAGUGUUUACGGGGGCGCUGGAGGACAUGGCACAAGAAUCUCAAGCCACUCCAUGUCAGGUGGUUUUGGAGGUUAUGGUGGAGUCUUUGCCAUGGGAGGAGGAGGAGGAGGAGGAGGAGGAGGAGGGUGCUUCGGUGCCGGUGGAGAACAUGGUCUCACCAUCAAUGAGAAGACCACCAUGCAGAACCUCAAUGACCGCCUGGCCGCCUACCUGGAGAAGGUGCGCUCCCUGGAGGCAGCCAAUUCCAAGUUGGAGUUCCAGAUCCGGGAAUAUCUGAACAAUAAGACACCGCAACACCACGAUUAUAGUGCCUAUGAGAAGAUCAUCCAUGACCUCCAGCAACAGAUCAAUGCUGCUCGUCUUGCAAAUUCUGGGAUUCUUCUGCGAAUUGAUAACGCAAAACUGGCUGCCGAAGACCUCCGUGUAAAGUAUGAGAACGAAGUGGCGAUGAGGCUGUCGAUUGAGGCUGACAUCGCCAGACUGAGGAGAGCCCUGGAUGAGCUGACUCUGGUCAGAUCUAACCUGGAGUCAGAUCUCGAGCGUCUGAAGGAGGAGCUGAUCUACCUCAAGAAGAACCACCAGGAGGAUCUGGCAGCUCUUCGGGCUCAGAUGCAUUGUGCAUCGGUCAACGUGGAGGUGGACGCUGCCCCACAUCAGGACCUGGCCAGAGUCCUGGAAGAAACGAGAGCGCAGUACGAGGGCAUCGCCGAAAAGAACCGCCGGGACAUUGAAGCGUGGUACAAGAACAAGUUUGACACUCUGACCCAGCAGGUCACCAUGAGCACCGCUGAGCUCGAAGCCAACAAGAAUAAAAUCAUCGACCUGAGACGAGUGCUGCAGGGCCUGGAGAUUGAACUGCAGUCUCAGCUCGGCAUGAAAGGGGCCCUGGAGUGCUCACUGGAGGAGACAAAGGCCAACUACUCCAAUCAGCUCCACAGACUGCAGGGGAUGGUGAGCAACCUGGAAGCUGAGCUGAUGCAGCUGCGCUUGGACACCGAACACCAGUCCCAGGAAUACCGGAUCCUGCUGGACAUCAAGACCCGUCUGGAGAUGGAGAUCGCGGAGUACAGACGCCUGCUGGAUGGAGAGGGUGGCAGGCCUCCCGUUCAAAUCAUUCAAACCGUUCAAAAAGCACCAGUGACCACUAGAAAGGUGAAGACCAUUGUGGAAGAGGUAGUUAAUGGGAAGGUUGUCUCGUCCCACGUUGAGGAAGUAGAACAGGAUAUGUAGACCAAGGCCUCUGCAUACCUUUAGCUGGGCAUCACAAGGUGUCACCCAGAAACAAAGUGAAGUCAAAUUAAUAAAGAAAUAAUUGACUCUGAA